AUGGGUGUGACCAAGGCAUCAGCAGCAGAAGUCGCAUAUGCAAUCCCGCCGCCAAAUACCCACCGUGAAGGGCACGACGGCAAUGGCGGCAGAGACAUCGCAGCUUCGUUCCUCGCUAAAGCCGUUGCGGAGCAGAGAAUAUCCGUGACUCCGGCGGAGUCGGCGCGUGUCCUACGCCGCAUCGACAUCGUCAUACUUCCUAUCAUGCUGACGGUCUACUUUCUGCAGGGACUGGACAAGACAACGCUUGCGUACGCUUCCGUGUUCGGUCUGAUCGAGGACACGAGACUCGUAGGCGAUCAGUACAGCUGGCUGGGCAGCAUCGUGUACUUGGCGCAGCUCGUUAUGCAGCCGCCUCUGGCGUGGUUGCUCGUGCGCCUCCCUAUCGCCAAAUUCACGAGCGCUAUGGCGUUGCUCUGGGGCGUGUCGCUUACCUGUAUGGCGGCUGCGCAUAACUUCGGCGGCCUACUAGCGACGCGUUUCUUCCUAGGCGUGUUCGAGGCGAGCGUUGCGCCUAGCUUUGUCGCUAUCACUCAGAUGUGGUGGAGAAGACGAGAGCAGACUGUUAGAACCAGCUAUUGGUAUGCCAUGAAUGGAUUCACGAAUAUGUUUGGCAGUUUGAUCACUUACGGCUUGGGCCAUAUAUCGUCACCAUUGCAUUCCUAUCAGAUCAUAUUUCUAUUCUUCGGAAUCAUAACAAUCGUAUUCAGCUUCGUCAUGUUGGCCUUCAUGCCAGAUUCGCCGGUAGAAGCAAAGUUCCUAAGCGAGAAGGACAAGCUGAUAGCCGUCGAGCGCUUGCGCAUGAACCAAAUGGGCGUCGUAUCCCGCGAGUGGAGAAGCGAUCAUCUCAAGGAGUCACUCUUGGAUCCAAAAUCGUGGCUCUGGUUCGCACUAAUGUUCUCAAUCAGCAUCCCGUCCGGUGGCAUCUCGACGUUCGGGCCGUUGAUAGUGAAGACUUUUGGAUUCGAUCCAUUCGGAACUAUCCUCUUCAAUAUCCCUUUCGGGUUCGUACAACUAGUCGCAACUGUUGGCGGGGCAUUUAUAGCUCAAAAGAUCAAGAAGAAGGGGCCUGUCAUCGCUGCGCUUUGUAUACCCCCUAUAGCGGGCUGCGUGAUGCUCAUGGUACUUCCCCGAGACGCACCUCACCGAGCGCCCCUUUUGGCCGGUUACUACCUUAUUUCCGUUUAUCCCGGCAUCACUCCGCUCAUUUACUCGUGGGCAUCUCAAAACACAGCUGGAGAUACCAAGAAGAAAUGUACUAAUGCUGUGCUUUUUAUCGGCCAGUCCGUAGGAAACGUGAUUGGCCCAUUGCUCUACUCACAGAAGGAAGCCCCGGGCUACGCUAAGGGCUUGCGUUCCAACCUGGCACUCUAUAUCGUAAUCAUCAUUUUAACUGUGAUCACUACGACGUAUCUCAAGAUUCUAAACGCAAGCCACGCCAAGAGACGUGUGGCCAUGGGUAAAAGCGCAAUUAUCGUCGAUACUAGCUUGGAUUCUUCAGAGGAUGCCGCAGCAACGCAGCAAAGAAACGACGAUGGCAUCAGGAGCGCAGCUAACACCGAGGAAGGCGAUGUGACGGCUACAGCUUCGACCAAAGAUGUGGAAAAACCUGGUGACCGAGCGUUUGAGAACUUAACUGACCUCCAAAAUGAGGAGUUUGUCUUUGUCUUUUGA